AAAAAAAAGUUAUAUAUUAGCGGCUUAGGGGAAAAAAAAAAAGUAGUUGUUAUGCAUUCAUCGGGCAUAAACAGGCCCACCACGCCUGGAAAAAGCUGGGCUGGAAAGCCUCGAAGCCCUUAAACCCUAAUCCCUUGCUAUUCCCUGCUAAAAAUGUCAUUAACGCUAGUUUUACGUUCCAAUUAUAUUAAGCAGAUUGUCAGAAUUAAGAAACCCUGGUGACGCGCCACCCAAAUCCUGCCAGAGAAAUUCGGUUCUUGUAGCCGGACAAUUUCUCAAUUAUCAAACCGUGCACAUCAUUUAUCAUCUGUAAUUACACUUUCAAUGCAUGAAGGCGUCGCGUCCUUUCCAAUUCCUAAUUAGGAACGUUUCUCGAUGUUCACUUCAGGGACUAGCUUCCUUCUCCUCGUAUUCGUCUGCAAACCCUAGAUCACUCAAUUUCUCUACUGACGAAGAUGAUGUUGAUGUUGAAGUUGAAGAAGGCGGCAGCUCCGUUUAUCGACAUGCUCUCCGACAGCAGCGGCCAACCACCAUAAGAUGGCAACCUCAGCUGGAGAAUUCUGUCAGCUUUAUUGGAUGGGUUGAUCGGCCCCUGGAGGUUUACAAGACGAAAAACGACCACUUUGGGGCUUAUACCUUUAUCAACGUGAAAAACCCUGAUAAUUCAAAUCGCACGUUUAGGAUGCAAGUGGAGAUGUGGGAUGAUAUGGCAAAAAUGGGAAUCCAACAUCUUAAGCAAAAUGAUACUAUAUAUGUUUCGGGCCAUUUAGGUUCUUAUAAGAAGGCCGAUGGGAAUGGAAAUCACGUAUCAUGUUACAAGAUAAUUGUAAAAGACUUGUGCUAUGUUGCACAAUGUGAUCAAGGCCCAGUUUGCCAAAAACGUGAGGAAUCACAAUCAAAAGCCUUCCAAAAAUCAGCAGAAUCACAAUCAAAGCCCAGCGAAAGAACAAAGGAAUCAAAGUCAGGGAGAGGUGAACUUGGCUUGGAAAGUCGCAAAGACCUUCUGUACUUGUGGCAAUUGUUCUUUUGCAAGCCAUAUGAAUGGUGGGAUAAGAGGAAGAAUAAACAAAAUUCAUCUUCACCAGAUUUUAAGCACAAGUAUACUGGUGAAAACCUUUGGCUGAGGCCAGAUGACCCACCAUGGGUCAAAAGACAACUGCAAUUGCUUGACUUGGAAAUGGCCAAGCAAAGGCAUGCACUAGGUGUAUGUGAAUUUGGCAUGGAAAGAACAAGCCAACUCCACUUGUGGCAUGUCUUUUUCAGAAGCCCACAUGAAUGGUGGGAUAAUAGGCAAAAUAAGAAAAACUCACGGUUACCAGAUUUUAAGCACAAAUUUUCUGGUGAAGCACUUUGGAUGAGUGAAGAUGAUCCACCAUGGGUCAAAAGGCAGCUCCAGUUUCAUGAUUCCAAAAUGGCAAAACAAUGCCAAGCGGAAAAUAUCUUCAAAUGGAAUUUUGAUGGUGGGGAACUAAUCUAGAGGAUCUUUAAUAUUAAUGGAGUUAUAACACAACGUAGUUGCAUUUCCUCUUGUUUGUACAUAUUGACUGAAUACAAUGUACCAAAAAUCUCAUUGAUUGCUUAUGACUAGACGCCGGAGCUGAUUUAUAUUAAGAAUGAUAUUGUUUUUGUAACAGAACGUAAGGAAGCCAUGUAUUGUGGAAUGUGAAUACAAAGUUGCGUCAUUUUCUAA